AUGCCUGUAACGAAGGAACCUUCCCACUGCAUUCGCCGUGUACAUGCCACCGCAGACUCCAUCGGGGACAAUCUUUCUCCGACGACCCGGAAGAUAAUCCGGAUAUUUUCUCACGUCAUCCUCCUCGCUCUCGCUGCUGUCGCUAGGAGGAGCGUCGUCAUCAUCGGGGUCAGGUGCUUCUUCUUCUCCACCGAGAAAGAAAUUCCAAGUAGUGCACCAGUGCUAAUCCGUCGUGAAAAUCGACCAUGUGGUGAGUCCGGCAGCAGAAUUCGCCGCCGGCAGGAAAAGUGUGCCGAGCAAUAG